UAUCGCCACGGAAGACCACCACUCCACUGAAAAAGCUCUUCGUAUCUCCUCACAAGGGGAGGAGACGCAUUUUUCGAACCGGAUUCAUUUGAGCAAAACAGCAGGGCAAUCCAGUCAAAGGGUUUCUCGCUCGUCACAACAGUCACGAUGGCCUCUGACUGCAACGAGAGUCGGGGUUUUACAGGCCUUCGAAUAAAACCCCCGCCGGUAUUUCAAAAAAUUCCCGACUUCGUCACGCAUUUUAUGCAUUCCAUUUCCCACAACUUGGCAGCUCCAUUAGCCACAGUUUCAACCAAAAUUAAGCAGCAGGAAAAUAACAUAAACCCUAAUCCCAGUAUUCUGGUCCCGGUAUUGUUCAACGUCAUGCCUGUUUCGACCUUUACAUGGCUUUCAUCAGCGCCUUGGGACAACAUUUCUCUUAAAAAUAGUAAUAAUGACGAGAAUAAUAAUACCAGAUCAUCUGGCAGUAAUGGGACUAGCAUACAGCGAGUUCCGCCGUCAAGGAGGAGAAGAAAAAGAGAAGGCGGUUUUCCCUCCAAUGUACGGAUUGACGGAAUCGAUUUUGGGAAUAACAGAGGGCCGGCUUUUUUAGGUCAAGUUUUUAGCCUAUGCAAUCCCUAUGGCACGGGGCUUAUGGCUGUUACUAAGCGUAUCGAGCUGCCCUUUGGAUUAAAGACUCCUGAGUGGAUGAAGAAGAUACUUGCAUUAGUCACAAAAAAUGACAUGGAUGGUGUUUUUCGAUUUUUCUUGGACAUAGGUGAUGCAGUGGGGUAUGUGAACCGGUUAAACAUUCCAAGCGGCUUGGUGGGAGCUUGUCGCCUUGAUGUAGCCUAUAAACAUUUCAAAGACAGGCCUCACAUGUUCCAAUUUAUUCCCAAUGAAAAACAGGUCAAGGAGGCUAAGAAACUUCUUCGAGAGAAAUCUGGGCUAAGAAGGGGAAAGCAACUGAAAGGUGUUCCAGUUUUCACUGCUCAAAAUCUCAGUAUUGCCAUUGCUUCAACUAAUGGCGUCAGAUGGUUUACACCAUACUUCUUUAAUAAACAGUUGUUGGACGACAUUCUUGAGACUUCAGUUGAUCAACACUUUGAAUCCUUAAUUCAAAAUCGAUAUGUACAGAGACGACAAGAAAUUGGUGAUGAUGAUUUUCCAACUGACUUAAUUGAUGAGCAUUUUGAGAGUUCCUCUGAGCCUUUGGAGGUUGAUGAACUCCUUGAAGAGCUUGCACAAGAUGGGAUUCCAUUCUCUAUUAUUUCAAAGGCUGCAGAAGUUCAUCUAUAUGAUGUUGCAGAUAGAUUGAUUUUGGGGAACAGAUGGAUUCGCAAAGCCACUGGAAUUCAACCAAAAUUUCCUUUUAUGGUGGACUCAUUUGAAGAAAGAGCAGCAGUUGCAGUCUCAAGAGCAAUGGAGCUAUCUAUUGGCAUUACACCUGAUGUGAAAGGGGAGCUUGGGGCAAGAAGUUUAGAGGAAAAAGGAGCAAAUAUCUCUUCCUUUGGGUCUGAAUUUGAGAUGGAGAAGGCAAGUGAGUCUGGGCUCUCAAAAUCAUCCCAAAGUUCUGAAAAAUCAGGGAUCAUAUUGGAGGAAAGGUCUAGCAAGUCAGAUUCAAGAGUUUCAGCUCUGGCUGGAGGUUCUUCUGAACAAAGUUUUAGUGACCAUAUUCAACUACCGAAAAUUACAAUAGUUGGCAUUUCAAUGAGUGGACGUGAGAUGAACAAGGUUUCAAUGGAAAAAUUGACAAGGGAAAUAGAAGAAAGUAAGAGGAAACGUGAUUUUGAUGAAGAUACAGAUCCCUUAUUUGUUGCUAAUGUUGGGAAUUUUACUGACAUUGUUUCUUCGAGAACAGAUUUAGAAGAGAGGGAAUAGCAUGUAGACAUGAAUCCAUACAAUCCUGUGUAUUUUAAAUGUGGAAAAAUAAUCUCCAUGCCAUAUCUGUGUACAAACAGUGCCGGCUCUUGAAUUAUGCUUUGUGCUGCCACAAUGUUUAAACAAUUAAUCUAUCAAGUUGUUGGAGGCUGGGGUUGAGGUGAUGGUAGUUGGAUAUGGUCAAUGUUACUAAAUGGUUUGUUACAUGCUAUCCUUUCUCUCCUGGGAUAUUGGAAACAUAUAAAUAUUUAUUUAUCUGGCCCAGAUAAGUCUUCUGGCUGGGUUUUGUAUGGUGCAAACUUGGGGCUACUUUUCUUUCAUGAAUUCACUUUGGACUCGGUGAUUUGUCA